UUAACGGAAGAAAUGGGAAAACUCCUGAUAAGAUAUUGGGAAAGCAACAUAUAAAGGUCUUGUUCACGCUUGACAAAAUUGAAAAAUACUACUCAACCAAACAAACACAGGUGUUUUAAAAAUUCUGAAUUUUGACGGUCGUCAAACUUAGAAACUUCCAUGAAAACUCCCAAUUUCCCCCUCUUUUGGUUGAAUCAAUUUUACAAAACCAAAUGGGAUCGUUCAACAUAAAUUUAUUAAUGUCAACAUGCAAUUCUUGAUUCAUUAUUUUAUACUACUAGUGGUACUAUUAUUAUUAUAUUUUGAUUGUGUCUCAGCAAGGAUAUUUUAUUUACACAUAGAAGAAGGUUCCAUGUGGACUAGAAAGUCCAUAAAUACCAAACCAAAAUUUCCAAAUCCAAGAACACCCCCCACAAAGGCUUUCUGUCUUGACCAACUCCUGCUGGUGUUGUUUUUUGGUGGUUUAUGUGAAUGGAUUCGUUGGAAAUGGAGAAAGGUUCAAGCUUUAGUGAUGAAAAUGGAGUAAAAGAGAUGAAGUCUGAAGUGGGUAUUGAGAAAAAUGAGAAUAGCAAUAAGAAGGAAGAGAAGAAAUCUGAACUUGGUACUGAGAAGGAUGAGAUUAGAUACAAGAAGACAAGGAGAAAAAGGUUUUCGAUUUGUCCUAGGUUCGCGUGUAUGAGAUUGGACGAUGAAGUUCCUGCUGUUGUUGAGACACCUGCUGGUGAAUGUAGUUUCAAUGUGGAGUCUAGUCAAAAGGGUCCUCCUCCUCCUCACUUAGUUGUCAUGGUUAAUGGCAUUAUUGGCAGUGCAGAUGAUUGGAAGUAUGCUGCCAAGCAAUUUGUGAAGGCCUAUCCACGAGAUAUCAUUGUUCAUUGCAGUACAUCUAAUUGUUCAAGGUUGACAUUCGAUGGUGUUGACAUAAUGGGGACUAGAUUAGCUGAAGAGGUACUGUCUGUUAUAAAACAGCAUCCACAUCUACAGAAGAUUUCCUUUGUUGGUCACUCCCUAGGUGGCCUGAUAUGUAGAUAUGCAAUUGCAAAGCUAUAUGAACAAAAAUCUGCAAGAAGAGCUUGUGGAGAAGAUAUGGAAUGUAGUCUUGAUGGGUCCACUAAUUCAAGUGUGGAAGAGGUAUCAAAAAGAAAAAUUGCUGGGCUGGAACCCGUGAACUUUAUAACCUGUGCUACACCACAUCUCGGUUGUAGGGGGCACAAACAGGCUCCAGCAUUCUGUGGGCUAUACUCAUUUGAAAAUGCUGCAGCAAGUUCCUCAUGGUUACUUGGAAGGAGCGGAAGGCAUCUCUUUUUGAAAGAUAGUGAUGAAGGGAAACCUCUCCUUCUUCGGAUGGCCAGUGAUUCUGAAGAUCUGCCGUUUAUAUCUGCUUUGCAGUCAUUUCAGCGUUGUGUGGCCUAUGCAAAUACAUGUUUUGACUAUCUUGUUGGAUGGAGUACAUCAUCUUUGCGGCGCAGAAGUGAGCUUCCAAAGCGUCGAAACUUGAAAAAAGUGGAUAAAUACCCACAUAUUGUAAACAUAGACAAGGCAACAAGUGUCAGUUCUCAAGAAGAAAUUCCCGCUGACGCUAAAAUAAAAGGACGCAAGUCUCAAGAAAUGGAAGAGGCAAUGAUCAGAGGUUUAACAAAGGUGAGCUGGGAACGUGUUGAUGUUAGCUUCAAAGGAAGUAAACAGAGACACUUUGCGCACACAGCAAUUCAGGUGCAAUCCUAUUGCAUCAAUUCUGAUGGAGCAGAUGUUAUACAACACAUGAUCGACAAUUUUACCGUAUAGAAGUAAGGAAGUUGCUGUAUUUACAAUACCAUAUUUACCGGAGGCCUGUGCAAUUUACAGCGCCUGCUACAUUAAUUGUAGAGGAUACAUGCAUACAAAUUCAAACAAGAUAUACAGAUUAUACGUCAAAGUUUAUUUAGGUGUAUUAUAGUUAGUUAUUAGAGCAUGUAGAUUGAAUGCAGUUCAAUGUAAUGACUAGUACUUACUUCCUUUAUACCCAAAAAAUAAUUAUGUGAUUCAAGCAAGAGGGCCAAGGCCAAUUUUCUUUAUUUUGAUUUUGGUUUAAUUGUAUUUCUUCAAUUAUAAUGACAAGGUAGUCUUGUGUAUAAGCAUAGCAUUUUAAUGCGUGAUUAA